AUGGAUCGGUUACCUGCACCUACAUAUGACAAUGUGAUAUCUCGUCUCACUGGCUACGACGAUAGGCUCCAAGGAUACUCUGUCUCCUCCGAUGCUUCACCACACCUCGCAUUUAACACCUCAAGGUCUUCAAACUACCAACCCCACAGUCGUGGUAACAGAGGCAGAGGACGAGGGUCCUACUCAACUCGUGGUCGUGACUUUCAUCAGCAAUUCUCACCCGCUCCUCCUACCAGAUCAGCUGUCAACACAAAUGAAAAACCAGUGUGUCAAAUCUGUGGCAAACGAGGUCAUAAUGCCUUUGAGUGUUGGUAUCGAUUCGAUGAAGAAUAUCAACAACCUGCUCAACCUGCAAUCAAUGUAGCAGCCUUCUCUGCACUUCAUAUUACUAAUGUUACAGAAGACAACAGCUGGUACCCUGACUCUGCUGCAACAGCCCACAUCACCAGUUCUACUCAGCGUCUGAAGCAAGCUCAACCAUUUCACGGGUCAGAUAUGGUCAUGGCAAGAGAUGGGAACUUCCUCCCUAUUACUCAUGUCGGCUCUGCUAAUCUUCCUUCAACAUCAGGUAACCUUCCUCUUAAUGAUGUCUUAGUGUGUCCUGAAAUAGCGAAGUCCUUACUGUCAGUAUCAAAAUUGACUAAAGACUAUCCAUGCAAAGUUUAA